AUGCUUGCAGCCCUGCGCCUCGGUGACGUCAUUAGUCACUAUAAUAUAACGCUCACGUCGAACGGGUACACCAGUCACAACAUAAUUUAUAUGCGUUGGCAACACGACAGUUUUUAUAUGCGGGAGGAUCGGCGGAUCGACCGGUUCGACCGACCAGGCCAUUUCAGUAUCGUGUUCCUGGCAAACAUUAGGCAGGGUGUAGGGCACAACAACUGA